AUGAAGCUCGACCAGGCAGUAAUUGACCUCCUCCACCUAGACGCAGCAAAUACCACAGUAAGCCGUGUUGGGGGCGGUUGCAGCAGCGCAUCCUCUGCGAAAAUCAGCACAAAACUUGCAGAUGGCACUGAAAAACACUUUUUCAUGAAAACCGCAACGGGAGAGGCUGGUAGGGUGAUGGUACAAGGCGAAGACGCCUCCUUAAAAGCCAUCCACGCCGUCGUCCCAACCCUCUGCCCGCAAUCCUUCGGAUGGGGCGCUCUCUCUUCCUCCCCUUCCUCGCCCCUAACCUAUUUCCUAGUCGUUGAUUUCCUCGAGCCUUCCUCACCCUCCAACUCAAUCUCCCGUCGCCAAGAACAUAAUUUACCCCGCAAAUCGCUCGCGGAGAAGCUCGCACAGCUACACACAACCCCAGCGCCUGUGCCGGACGGCUACUCAACGCCUCAAUUCGGCUUCCCAGUCUCGACAUGCUGUGGCGAUACAGCGCAGGAUAACUCCUACAAAUCCUCCUGGGCCUCGUUCUUCGCGGAGAACCGGCUCCGGUUCAUUCUGCAGCGCGCAGAGGCGGCGAAUGGAAGGCCUGAUGGUGAGCUGCGGCGGCUUGUGGAGAGGACAAUAGCGCAGGUUGUGCCGCGGCUGUUAAGCGAUGAGCAUUUGAAUGGCGGGCGUGGGGUAGUACCAGUGGUUGUGCAUGGGGAUCUGUGGUCUGGGAAUGCAGGGUCCGGCAGUUUGGCGGGGAGAAGAGUUGAGAAAGUAAUAUUUGACCCAUCAGCAUUUUACGGGCAUAGCGAGUAUGAAUUGGGGAUUAUGAGGAUGUUUGGAGGCUUUGGUGGGGGGUUUUUGGAGGAGUAUCAUCAUCUUUGUCCGAAGACACAACCCGUGGAGGAGUAUAAUGAUCGCAUUUCUUUGUAUGAGUUGUAA